AUGGCCUUCUCCUCUGCAUUAUGCUUGAUAACUCUGAAGGUCAUGAAGGCCAGAGGAAUUGAGCAUCCAGGGAAUAGGAAUUUUAAGGAAACAAUGCAAAAUAGAAAAUUUGGAUUGUUAAUUCAUUGCAUUUUUGGAGCUCUUGCUUUGAGUCUUUGGCUGAGAAAUAGUGCAUACUUCUACACCUCCGUUGCUUUUAUGCAGGUGCUUAAGAUUACUUUUCACAUAGCGGUCGCUGUACUUGAAAAUGUUUUUGAGAAUGGGGCAACUCAAUAUAAAAUGCUAUUGUCUACCAUCACCCUUGGAGUAAUAGUGGCAUCUUAUGGGGAAGUAAGUUCUAGCUGGCGUGGGGUGGGCUAUCAGAUAGGUAGUGUUAUCUGUGAAGUGCUGAGGCUAAUUGUUAUCCAGUACACCUUCAACUCUAAUUAUUCAAUCAUUAAGAAAGGUGUUUUUAACAAGAUCUGUCGUUUAUUGCUCCAGCUCAACUUUCUUCCCUGUUCCAUGGAUGUUCUGGGAGAAGCCGAUGAUUGA